UGUCUCUUGAUCGAUCCACAUCUUCUGCUCCGACAUGGCCCAGAAUCCCCAAGCCCUGUACUUUGCCGUGGGUCCUGGCAAAAACGAAAUUACUUGUCCCUACUGCCAGGCGAAGGCCAAGACCCGAGUGGUGCGAUCGUGGCGGAGUUUUUGCACCAAACGGCACCACUGUGGUGCCUGUGGGGAGUACCUGGGCGUCUACCGCCGCCCACAGCUGUAAACCAUCAUAUGGGCUGCCGGAGAAUCAUCACAACCACAUCACCACACAGUGAAAAGUCUCAGAAAAUGGGUCAUUAAUUGGAUACAUGGAAGAAUCUUAAAGUUGCCAAAAGUUAAUAUUUAUUAAAAAUAAAAAAAAAAAAUUAUUAAAUGCCAA